CUCAUUUGCCGGCUGGGCCGAGCCUCCCGCAGCCUCCGUGCCGGGCACCGGGGGCGAUGGACUACGACCACAACAAGGCGCUGCUGCUGGAGCUGCAGAGGGCGGCCGGGACCGGUAACGAUCGCUGCGCCGACUGCGGGGACCCAGAUCCAGAGUGGGCUUCUUACAAACUUGGAAUAUUCAUUUGUUUGAAUUGCUCUGGAAUUCAUCGCAAUCUUCCUGAAAUCAGCAGAGUCAAAUCCCUUCGGCUUGACUUCUGGGAGAGAAAUUUAAUAGAGUUUAUGAGGAAUCAUGGGAAUCUCUGGGCCAAAGCUAAAUAUGAGGCAAAGGUCCCUCCAUUCUAUUACACCCCCAAGUCCCAUGACUGCAUGGUUUUAAGACAGCAAUGGAUUAGAGCUAAAUAUGAGCGUGGAGAAUUUCUUGACACUGGAGUCUGCCAGGAUCCCUGUUCUGCAGGCAGCCGUGAAGGAUGCCUCUGGAAGCUUGGGAAGGGACGCAGACAGUUCCAGAAGAGGCAGUUUCUCCUGUCAGCAAAGGAAGGGGUGAUGAAGUACUACACCAAAGAAUCCAAAGUUCCAAAAGCCGUUAUCAGCCUUGAGACUCUGAAUGCAAUGUUCCAGGUGGAGAAAAUAGGACACAGUCAUGGGCUGCAGAUCACAUACAUCACAGAUGGUCAAACAAGGAACCUUUUUGUCUAUCACGAAAGUGGAAAGGAGAUUGUUGACUGGUUCAAUGCUAUUCGGGCAGCACGUUACCAUUAUCUCAGAACAACCUUCCCAAAUGUCCCUGAGCCUGAGCUCAUACCCAGGAUCACAAGAAGUUUUGUCAAAGAAGGAUAUAUGGAGAAAACAGGACCAAAACAGAAGGAGGCCUUUAAGGUACGCUGGUUCUGCUUGGAUUCUCAGGAAAGGAACCUGCUGUACUUUAAAAAUCCACUGGAUGCAUUUGCACAGGGCCAGGUUUUCAUCGGAAGGAGGGAUGAGGGAUAUGAAGUACGAGAUGAUUUGCCCCAGAAAGUCUGGGUGAAGAAGAAAAAGCCAGUGAUCACUCUGGUCACGCCAGUGAGAGAGUUUGUGUUUAUCUGUGACAAUGACAGGCAGCAGAGGGAGUGGAUGGAUGCCUUGAAUGGAGUCAUCACCCAGCUCUGA